AGCAGCAAGGCUCAAGCUGCGCCGAUGUACGAAAUCUCGGACACCGACAGAAUGUAGAACACUGGCAGACUGGAGUGGCGAAGACUGCUGCUCAUCAAGACCCAUGGAUGGCGAAGAAAAUUCGGUGUUCGCCAUCAAUCCCAUGGGUCUACCAUUGAAAGAGCUGCGACGGCUGAAGGACCAAUUUCAAGAUGAAGAGGGGCAACCUGUGAAGCUGGAUGAGCAGCAGUUUGUCGAUGCAUUGUUGUCUCGGCUGGCAAGCUCUGCUGGCACUUCCCAAGAUGAGAGACGUCGAUGGGAUGCUGAGCUGCGAACUUUAUUCAAGAAGAUAGAUGCAGGGUGUUCUGAAACUGUCACUUGGGAGGAGUUCACCAACUACAUGCUAUUCCAUGUGCCGGGCUUCAAUUCUGGUGACGGAGCUUGUGAGUUAUCACACAAUGCUGCUGCUGCAGAAGCGCUGACGGGCGCCUGGCAGUGUGGGCAUGCGGAUAUGAUCAACAGCAUUGCGGUGGUUUCAGACCUUGGUACCACUAGUGGCGCUGGAAGUUCAGGAAGUUCAAGAAAGUACAUCACCGCUGGGCGUGAUGGCUUUGUAAAGGUGUGGCAUCCCAACCUUACACUUCACAAAGCCAUUGAUGUGGGCAACACCAGCAGCUGGCUUUCAGCGUGCUGCUGGAUGCAGAAGUCCAGAAAAUUGGCGGUCGCUUCUUCCAGCUUUCGGAUAUUCUUCUACGACAGUUCCUUCAGUCUUAUCACCCACAUAGACCACAAGGAUGGAACGCCUUUAUGCUUGGGCUACACAGAGUCCCAUGAGAACAAGAGUUCGGAAAAGGAGAUCCUCAUGGUUGGUGAUGACAAGGGCUACGUCACAGUGUUCCCCUUGGAUGCGAACGAUUGGGAGACCGAGCAGAAGACCGAUGGCAAGGAGACGGAGAAAGGAAAGAAAGGGUCUCGUAUUAAGUACCACAAGGACUGGGUGACCAAGGUGGGCUUUGUAUCCCAGUUGCAAGCCAUGGUCACAUGCAGCCUGGAUGGAGAGAUCAACAUUUGUGAUGUUCACACCAAUCAGCGAAAGGAGGGAAGAGAUGCUGUCCGGCUUCACAAGAAAGGCGUUCACUCUUGGUGCUGGUGCAAGAGCUAUAAGUUCUUCGCAUCAGGAGGCUCAGACCGGCAAAUCAUCAUUUGGAAUCCAUACACCCAGAAAGCAAUGAAUUAUCUUCAAGGGCACAAUGCUCCAGUGCUUGAUGUGCUGGUCAAUGAAGCGCAGCACCAGCUUAUUUCCAUGUCUGUUGACAAGGUUGUGAAGGUGUGGGAUAUCUUGAACUACCAAUGCAUUCAGACAUUCACGGACAAGACAGAAUACAAGCCAGAGGAUAGACUGACGUGCAUGGCAUUUGAUGAAGAAGGUCCAGCCCUGGUGCUUUGUUCUAGCUUGAUCAAUGUGCUUCCCGUCAGUGUCAAGGUCGAGACAAGCCGUACACAUUUGGCACCCAUUGUGGGAGCUCUCCACAAUGAUGUCUUCCAUCAAAUCAUCUCGGGGGACCAAUUGGGAACCGUUUCAGUGUGGGACAUCCAGACAGGAAAGCUUGAAUUUGAGUUUCGAAGAGCUCAUCAGGAUCACAAGAUGACCUGUAUGGCGUUUGAUCGGUCAAAGCGCUGUUUGUACACAGGGGGGGAGGAAGGGCUUGUCAAACUAUGGAAUUUUUCUUCCGGACAGCAGUUGCGCACCUUCACCAUGAGGCAGCCGGCUGAGAUUCGGAGCUGGGCCCUCGGAACUUUUCCCAAACGCGCAGACUUCAGGUACCAGUAUAAACAGGUUUAG